CACUUCCGGGGGGCGUGUCCUGAUGCCGAAUGGUGACCGGUAAUUUACUGAAUUAUCUUAAGCGAAUCCAUUUUAUUCCUGUACUUCGAGAACACACGAUUAUUGCCAUUGACUGUUUAAGCUGGUUUUAUGCUAUUCUAACGCCAAGGUGAGAUUUUUUUUUUUUGCGUGGCCCUCCACCGGAAGUACCACGAAGCUAGUGUUUUUAGCUUGUAGCCGUCUCUCUCUUUUGUCCGAGAACUGGCGUGUCUGACUGAAUACGCGCAUCCGGCGUCUUCUCCGCCAUCACUAGCGAACGAGACAGCGACGCAGCCUGUGGAUUAAAGGACAUUCCGAAGACGUUUUGGUGUCGAAGCGAGCCCGCAGCAGCCGGUGUUGACUGGUGAAGCCGAGUCCCCACCGCGGAGCAGGUGAUGCUGCAGGCUCUCAGGUGUGGGUGGAGCUGGUCAGCGCUGCGGCGUAAGUCACGCGGUCCCUGGCCAACAUUCACGAGUCAACGUCCCAGGAUGGACGGAGACGCGCGCACAUCCGCUGACGGAGCGCGUGGCGUCCCAAGAGUCUCCAUCGAAGGCAACAUUGCGGUCGGCAAGUCCACCUUCGCCAGGCUGCUGGGGGACGCGUGCCCGGACUGGGAGGUGGUGACCGAGCCGCUCGACAGGUGGCAGAGCGUCGGCAGCGGCUCUGGGAAGACGCUGGUCAGCAACCUGCUCCAGAUGAUGUACCAGGAGCCCCAGCGCUGGUCCUACACCUUCCAGACGCACUCCUGCAUGACCCGACUGCGGACUCAGCUGCAGCCUCCUCCCCAGCGCCUGCUGACCUCCGCCGCCAGCCCCGUCCAGGUCUACGAGCGCUCGGUCUACAGUGACAGGUACAUCUUUGCCCUCAACAUGUUCGAGCUGGGCUGCAUCAACAGCACGGAGUGGGCCAUCUACCAGGACUGGCACUCGCUGCUCGUGGAGCAGUUUGGACAGCGGGUGGAGCUGGAGGGCAUCAUCUACCUCAAGGCAUCUCCUCAGGUUUGCCUGGAGCGCCUGGCUCGCCGAGGGCGAGAAGAGGAGCAGGGGGUGCAGCUGGACUAUCUGGAAAAGCUGCAUGAGCAGCACGAGAAGUGGCUGGUCCAGAAGAGCACCGUACUCCAUUUUGAAAAGCUGAAGAAGAUUCCUGUCUUGCAACUGGAUGCCAGUGUGGAGUUUCUGAGUGACCCUGAGGUGCAGCACCACUUCAUCCGACAGGUGAAGACGUUUUUCGCCGACUUGUGAGGAGCGGACGACCAAAGCCUGAGCCACAAAGGGACCUCAUUCAAAGGCGGCGGAACGUUAGCCGUCACUGUUGGACCAGAACCUCCGGCACGUGUGCGUCUCGUCCUUGAAACGCUCCGUGUUAGUGACCUGUGUGUGCUGUGCUUUCCUGUGCAACCGAGGAGCCGGUGAAGACGGAGGAGUUGCUCUCUGGAUGCUUUUCUCACUGAAAGGCCGGACGUUGUUUCAAGUCAAAUAAAGCUCUCCUCCCUUGAUCUGAGCAGCCUGUGUCACGUCUG